UAGCGGCCUUUUAAAUCCAGCGCCAAAAGCCCUGUUCCCUCUUCGCCCCGUGCUUCUUAGCAUUUCUAGGGUUUUAUAUUUUUGUUUCAUUUUAUUAAUGUUAAAGUAAAUUAGUAUCCAUUUUCAGUUUGGUAGAUAGCAACAACUGGUUCUCUCUGUUUCAGUCCAGAAGCCAGCCCACAAGAUGAUGAAAUUCUCACAUUUUUCUGCAAUCAGAAGAGCCCUGACUUUUAAACAAUUACCAGCAAAGGCUGUUUGUACGGAUAUUCCUUGCCUGUACCAUCGAACAUCACGGGUUGGAAUUUCGACAGUUAGUGGGGAUCUAGGGAUCAAUGGUUCCUUGUGCAAACUUUCUGUGCCCUAUUGCAUUUUCAAGGGAAAAGCUGCAUUAAAAAUGGAUCCUAUUGGACCCAAAUUCAGUAAGCUAAAUCCUGAUUCUAUGCGAAUCGAAAGGCGGGGCUGUGUGCUCUUGACAUUCUUUCCGGCGAUUGGUGUACGUAAAUAUGACUGGCAAAAGAGACAGAUUUUUGCUUUAUCUGCUACAGAGGUUGGGUCUGUGAUAAGCUUGGGUCCUACUGACUCCUGUGAAUUCUUCCACGAUCCUUCCUUGAAGAAAAGUGAUGAAGGUCAAGUGAGGAAGUCUUUGCAUAUCGCACCAAAUUCAGACAACUCAGGACAUUUUUUUAAUUUGCAGGUGACCAAUGCCAUCCAGAAAACCAUGGAUCGCUUGUCAGUGCCUGUGGCCAAGGCCGAGCUCUCGGUUAUGCAAUCCGCUUUUAGUUUCAUCCUGCCACACCUGAUGGGAUGGGACCGAAUUGCUAAUCCAAUGAUGCGCCUUGCUCCAGAGAAUCUGCCUUCCCCAAAUAUCGUGAGACUGCCCCCCUCAGAGGUUGAAUGGGACAGAUAAACAUCAGAGUGGUUUCUCUCCUUUUUGGGCAUCCUUAACUUUGAUUAUCAGCUUUUGUCAAUGUAAUAGAAAAUCUCCAUGUUUUGUGUAAUUCGUGUUAUGAAUGCGGUCGCGAUAAUCUCAUGAAGGUCAGUGUUUGUACUUAAAUGUGCUUUCACAAAUGGUGUCUUGGAUAAAAUGAAAUUCAUCUAGCUUUCUGUUUCAA